UCGUCUUUCUUUUCUAUUUAACUUUUUGAAUAACACACAAAUCUAAAAAAAAAAAAAAAUCCCAAUUUCCUACUCUUCUGUUCCUUCCUUCCUCCUCCAUUAAUGCUCUUCAUCUAUUCCACCAUUCUUCUCACUUAGCCCUAGCUAGCAACCUCCUCCUCUCAGCAGAAACCUUUAUUGCUCUCUCUCUCUCUCUCUCUCUCUCUCUCUCUCUCUCUCUGUGGUCCGUGUUUCAGCUCAGGAGGCCCGACUCUGAGCCACAUUGAUGGGGAAUGUGAUUGAUCGAGAAACCAGCUGAUCCGCACUUCCUCGGUGUCUCCUCGGUCAUCAAUGGGGAGAGCAAAUUUUCAACUCUAGGUGCAUUGGUUUUAGAUACGGGAAAGGCUUGAUCUCUUAAUGAGAAAAUGGGACUCGACAGAGAAGGCUCGAAAGGUGGAGGUUAUGUGGGUGGUUUCUUUCAUCUCUUUGACUGGAAGGCUAAAUCUCGAAAGAAAUUAUUCUCGAGCAAAUCAGAGAUACCAGAACAUUCCAAGCAGGGAAAGAAGAAUGAUGGAAACUUGCCCACAACACGUGUCUACCUGGAUCAGAUGGAUGAGGAUGACAGUGGAAUGUGGCCUAAUUCUAGAGGAAACACCGAUUAUAGUUGUGCUUCAUCAGUCACGGAUGAAGAUGGAUGUGGAAGUAGGGGGCCAAGUGUCGUAGCUCGUCUUAUGGGAUUAGAUUCCAUGCCUGCAACUUAUUCUUCGGAGCCCUACUCCACUCCCUUCUUCGAUACACAAUCUCUUCGAGAUGCUGAGUACAGCAGGAGGAGAAAUGUUGAAUACUCGCAAAACUAUCAUGAGAUGUUGCAUUCUGGAGACCUGAUCGUGAAGACAGGGGAUUCAUUCAGGAACCAUGUCGAAUCAAAGCCUCAAAGUAUAGUAAAUCGGCCAAUCGAGAAGUUCCAGACAGAAGUGAUACCUCCUAAAUCAGCGAAAACAAUUCCCAUCACGCAACAUAAGCUUUUGUCUCCAAUCAAAUGUCCUGGUUUCGUUCCAAGCAGGAAUGCUGCUCAUAUAAUGGAAGCAGCUGCCAAGAUUAUCGAGUCUGCUCCUCAAGCUACUAGUUUAAAAGGCAAGAUGGCCCUCCAGGGGGUGUCUUCAUCUACAGGGCAAUUGAGAGUUCGGGACCUCAAAGAGAGAGAGGAGACUGUGCCAAAAGCACCAUUGGGUGGGCCCUCUCCGGUGCCUCUUCGAGGUAGAGAUCUGAAGGAGAAAGUUGAAGCUGCCCAGAAAGCGGCAUUGAGGCUUCCCGAAGCUUCUCGGAGGCAAGCUGAUUCGGAUUCUGCUGCAGCGAGGUAUCUUAGAGGACAUGCCCUGAGCAAAAGUUUUAACGGCGGGGCAGGUCCAUCAUCUUCUUUCAGAGCUUCUGCUGACAAAGAAGAAAGUUCCUAUGGUUCUAAGAACAAUGGGAGGUCAAUCUCCCUGGCAAUUCAGGCAAAAGUAAACAUCCAGAAGAGAGAAGGAUUGACUUCAGGUGAAAGAAGUCAGUCGAUGGCCCAUCCAAUUGAACAGAAUGAGAAUAAGAUGAGUCAACCUUGUAGAACCCAACCACGGCCUCAGAAGAAUAUGCACAAGAAAUCAUCAAAUCACACUGUUUCUGGUGCCCUGAGGCAGAACAAUCAGAAGCAAAACUGUCAAAUUGACAAAGAGAAGUUACCUUCAAAAUCUGUAGUUUCAAACACGCAGAGUAGAAAAGUGCUCCAGAAACCUGUAAGUAAGCCUGUGGGGAGCACAAAAACCGGGUCGAGAAAGUUGGAGGUCCUUGAUGGCGACAAGGAGGUUUUCCAAUCUAACAUGAGAAACUUCCCCAGAAAGAAACGAUCAAUUGAUGGGGGCUUCCAGCUGGAGAAGAAUAAGGUUGCUCCAGAUGAUUUGUCAGCGGACAAGAACAAAAAGCCAGUUCGGACGAGUUCAGUUAUUCAGAAGCAUUUUUGCAACGCCGAAGAUAGCCGAAAGAAAGGAAUGGAUGUUGUUUCUUUCACCUUUACAGCUCCACUCACCCGAUCUAUGAUGGGUUCUGAGUCUCCUAAUCUCGGUCACUUCUCAGAAAACCGGAGUAAAAGAGUGCUCUCUGAGUCAGAUAACCUUAAAUUGUCUUCACUAGGUUAUAAUGUACUUGGAGUUGGAGGUGAUGCUCUAAGCAAGCUUCUGGAGCAGAAGUUGCAGGAACUAACUUACGAGGUUGGCUCUUCCUCUUCCUGCAAUGCUUCUGCAAGUUUGGAUUCAGUUUCAAGCUCUGCAUCUGUCUUUCAAGAUUCAGGACCCACUCCUGAUACCAUUACAUCGAAGCCAAGGCUAAAUGCUAAGAGGGAGCACAAUGUUUUACUCGGCAAUUCAUCGGGUUAUGAAAAUCGCGCAAACAUUUUUGAUCAUCCUCCACGUAAAUUGAAGCACGAGUUUCAGGGGCCUGGUUACAUGGAGGUGGACCCUGUCAUAGAUGCAAAACAGUUGCUAGAUUCGCGGCAUCCAAGUCCAGUCUCUGUUCUUGAACCUUCGUUUGUGACUGAGAGUUGCUUUUCUUCAGAUAGCAUGGACACUGAUUGGACUGAAGGAAACAAGCAAUCGGUUUCUCAAGCUGCAGAACUUCUGGGACCAAGCCCUUUAAGAAGAUUUCAUCCUUUUGAAGCUGAUAUGGAAUUAUCAGAUUCAGCUUCUUCACUAUCCAGCAGUGUUACUGUGGACACAAAAGAAUGCAACCCCAGAUGUUCUUUCGGAAUUCUCGAAACCAACUGAGUGGGAGCUAGAAUACAUUAAGGAGAUACUUUGCAACAUUGAGUUAAUGUUCAGGGACCUUUCUCUGGGUCGGGCUGACGGGAUCAUUAACCCUCAUCUCUUUGAACAGUUGGAGGCUAGAAAAGGGUUGAUAGGAACUGACGAUGUCGACUCUCGACUUAAAAGGAAAUCGCUGUUUGACUGUGUCAGUGAAUGCCUGGAGUUGAGAUUCCGACGCUUCGUGGGUGGUGGGUGCCAAUCAUGGGAACAGGGCCUUGUGCUGGUGAGAAGAAAAGAGAGAUUAGCUGAAGAUGUGUAUAGGGAGAUCUUGGGUUGGAAAGGAUUGGCCGACUUUAUGGUAGACGAUCUCGUGGACAGGGAUAUGAGCACCCAAUAUGGGAAAUGGCUCGACUUCGAACCCGACGUGUUUGAACUCGGGGUCGAGAUAGAGGACAGCAUACUCAAUUCUUUGAUUGAUGAAGCAAUUACUGCUAUUAAGCAAUUGUAAUGUCAGGUCUCUAUCAGUAGUCAUCGUGGAAGAAGCGGAAGCAGAUGGUUCUGUACGAAGAUUCAAUCGUUUCCUACCUUUGUUGAGAGUGUUUUUUUGAUUCUCCAGCUCUACCUUUGGUAGUUCUUACAUUGUUCGAGAAACAAACAUUUUUUGUCACCGGUUGUUCAUAUAAAAUAUGUCGAUUAUAUACAAUAGUCAGUUUUCUCA